ACUAAAUGAUUUGGUGGUUUCUUGACAUACUUAAGUGCUGGACACCAUGAAGCUUUACGUUGAGUUGUUCUUAACAAUUCUUCAAAUUUUCAAUUCAAAUUGCGAGAAAAAGUUCCUAAAAAUGGACAAAUGUGAAGUAAAUGAGAAGUUUGCAGUUAAUGAACGGUGUAAAGUCAUUGAUGGAAGAAGCUUUGUUGUUUAUAAAAUAAUUGAGCCGAUUAAUGAAUGUUUGGUCGAAGUCUGCAUGCAAAAGUCAAAAAACUCAAAAUUUCAUCAAGUCGGAAAAUGUCAAAACUUCAAUCGCUGUGAAUAUUCAAAACCAGGAGCAAGCCUCAAUCAAAUCACAAAAAGAAUCGCCAACUUUUUCAAAAUUUCAGGCAUUCAAGGAUCAUUGUCAUCAUGUCCAAUAAUUGGAUAUCAGAAAUUUUUGAAUAUUUCAAUUGGAUUUUCAAAUUUAUUGACAUUUUUGCCGAGAGGAGUUUUGAGGAUUAGUGUGAGGAACUACAAUAUGAAGGAUGGACUGUUGUUUGAGACGUCGGCUGUAAUUUUGAAUAAAUGAAAUUGAAUCACUUGCCCGAAUUUCACAAGUCGGUUAAUCGAUCAGAA